CCACUCAAUCGUCAGUUGUAGUUCUUGACAAGGGCGUGCAUGCCAACACACAACAGAGCGUACAGUGACAACACAAUGCCUGAUAAUGAGUGCCAUCGUUGUUCUGCUGGAAAAAAGGAACCUGUGACACGUACGUGUGAUGAGCAGAAAGAAGUUCUCUCAUCCGUAGUUGACGAUUAUUAUCCUUGGGGAAAACCUGGACAUGGUGCUCCCAACAACGAUGGUCUUCGAAAAAGAAAAAUAUUUACAGAUCCUCCGUCUCCACCUUGGAAGGAAAUUAGUAACGAAGUGACAAAAAUGGGAAGACCAGGAGGCGGAGCACCUCAAAAGACGUUGUCCGGAAAAAUCAAAAACUUCCGUAUUGAAGACCCACAACUUAGGUUUCAAUUUCAUGCUCCUGAUAGAAACAUGGUUGACAAUGAUCUUCGAUACAGAAUGCCAUUAAAAGACCAAAGAGCUUAUAAGUUGGAAUUAG